AUGUUUUUAUACUCUCAAAGGAAUUCAAAGUAUUUCUUGGCAAGCCCAAGAAACAUCAUUGUGCCCUUAAGGACUUUACCUAAAUAUAACUAUGAGUCAAGGCUCUUUUCUUUUAUGUCCGCAGAAUCAGUUUUGUUUCAAAAGAAAAAACCCAGCAGUCUCGAAAAUGCACUACAGGCUUUUACUCAUGUUCAUUGCACAGAUGUCGGGCAGCAAACUCCCGUAGCUUUUACGAGAAAAUACGCAACCCAAUUAAGGCCUUCUAACCCUCAACGCUCUAAUCGGAGACUGUUUUCUACUUUACUAAUUACUAUUCCUGUCACUCUCUCAGGUUGUGUCCUUGCUUACAAAAUGUGGGAGCAUCUGUAUCAAAAACGAGAGCAACAACCUUCUUUGGCUCCAUCAUUGGAUUAUAAAGUGACAGAAAUUCGCGAUAAAAGUUUUUUAGGGAAGGUCAAACUUGUUUUGCUGUUAUGUAGACGUAUCACUUAUUUAUUUCUCGUUUUCUUUCCUAUAUCAUUAACCGCUCCCCUUGUAUACUUACUCUAUUUAAGUCCUUUCCAAAGGUUUUCUGUUGUCAUCUUUUCGCUCUGGGUUAAAUUGUUGGUGCGUCAGCUUGAAAAAGCUGGAGCUACCUUCAUAAAGCUUGGGCAAUGGGCAGCGACAAGAACUGAUUUGUUUCCUCCGGACCUUUGCAAUCAGUUAUCAAAAUUUCAUUCACAUGUAACACCACAUAGCUUCAACCAUACUGAAAAAGUUAUCAAAGAAUCUUUUAAUGUGGAUUCAAUUUCUGAUGUUUUUGAGGAUUUCUUGCCCAUACCUAUUGGGGUCGGAUCUAUUGCGCAAGUAUAUACCGCUAACUUGAAGCAUGAUUGUGCUCGAAACGAAGAAAGUUCUUCCGUUUUACCAAAUGAAGGAAAAUUAAAAAGCUUCAUGUUUUUUCAGCGAAAACCGGCACAAGAUUUACAUAAAAAGGUGGCUGUCAAGGUACUACAUCCGAAUGUGGGACUAAACAUUUCCCUGGAUUUAAUUAUCCUUGAAAUACUUGCCAACUUCUUUGAUUUUAUUCCUACUAUGAAGUGGUUGUCGUUUCCAGAAGAAGUGAAAGUGUUUGGAGACAUGUUGAAUCAACAGUUAGAUCUUCGGCAUGAAGCGCGAAACCUAAUACAAUUCCGUAAAAAUUUUGAUAAGAAUCAAUACGUGGAAUUCCCUAUGGUAUACGAAAACUAUACCAAAGAUCAAGUCUUGGUUGAGGAAUUUAUUCCUGGUAUCCCGUUGAGUAUGUUCCUUCGUCAUAGAGAUGGCCCUUUCAAUAAAGUUUUGGCAAAUGUUGGAAAUAGCUCUCUAUUUCAAAUGCUUAUUCUUAACAAUUUUACGCACGCAGAUCUGCAUAGCGGAAACAUCAUAGUUGGGUUCAAGAAAGGCUCCACAUUUUCGGGCAAUUUAGAGGUCUCAGAAAAUGACUUAUGCUCUAAAUUAAUGUCCAGUAAUGACGAAGAAUGGAAAUCUACCAUGCAAUACUUACAAGAUAUAGGAUAUCAUCCUUUUCUGACUUAUUUGGAUGCGGGUCUCGUAACGAAGCUUAGUCCGCAGGAUCUGCAAAAUUUUAUUGACCUAUUUCAAGCAGUGUUAACUUUUCAAGGGUAUGAAGCUGGUUUGCUGAUGGUUGAACGAAGUCGACAAACAGAACAUGUUCGAAAUAAAGAGGUAUUCGCUCUAAAAAUGGAGCACCUGUUGAAUGAUAUUCAGAAGAAUACGCUUUCGCUAAAGUCGCUUCAAAUUGGAACGAUUUUACAAGAAGUUAUGACGAUGUCUAGAGAGCAUCAUGUUCGCAUUGAAGCUAACUUUGCCAACACGGUUUUAUCCAUUCUCUUGAUGGAAGGAGCAGGUAGGCAAUUAUACCCUGAUAUGGAUCUUUUGAAUAAUGCUACACCCUUUCUGAGGGCUGCUUCUGCUAGACGCGAUAUAUCUAUACAAAGUCCUAUGAUUAAAAUAUGGCUGGCUCUAGAAGCAAGACAAUUUUUGCUCCUGAGCACAUCCAAAGAGACGGUUGAAGCCUGGAUUAAAGCGGAUAUGAUUUCUCCAAACAUAUAA